AUGUACGUAGAGACCUUCUUUGUAUCGGCCUGUGACUUGAGCUCAGCCUGUAAGUCUCUCAAGGGGAGAUUUGUCCGGUGUGCCGAGGACAAAUGACAAAGCCAGCCAUCCCUGCAGCUGGAGAGGAAGAAACUUACCACCCUGGAGGGCCAGAGGGAAGCAGUGUGCCUGUCCUUCAUCUUUUGCAGGGAUGCCGGGGGUCCCCUGUGCACCCAGGAGCCGGCUGCCCACCCUGGAUGGCAUAUCUGUACCUCCCGCAAUUUUGGUGAACCUGUUGGAGUGACGAAUAGGAAUAGGAAGCACACUGAAUUUUCAUUCACAAGCUGAAACGAGCCCCAAGGGAGGUCAGCAAGUGGAAACUGCCUCAAGUGCCUCCCUGGGCUUUCCUGUCUAACUCAGCCAUCAGAGCGUGGUGCCUACGCAUUUGCAGCUUCUCAUUUCUCAUUAGUAUGUCUUUGGGUCAUAGAAGCAGGGUUAAUUAGAGAGCUCGCAGAUGGAAUAAAGUUCUGCUUCUGCCUGUGCGCAGCUUUCUCUGGACUGGCACUGGCUCCUAGGUGGCCGGGCCGAGCCCGAAGGAGGAGCAGGGGGCUGAUGUUUCCUCUAGAAUUUGUCCCCCCUACUGGGCUUUGACAGGGGCUGGGGCAGAAGUGUGUGGAAGUGGUUUAGCGCGUGCCUAGGACCCAGUGUGACCAGAAGAAAAGAGACAGCCAGUCACCAUCCAGCCAAGUGGUAAUGGAAAAGCUUGGGGUGGGUCCCUGACAACAGGCAGGGUGACCCAAAAUGUGGGAGAGGCACAGAGACAAGGAAUCUGGGUCAAGUGACAGAUGGGAGACCAGGUGAGCAGCCAGUUGGCAUCUGGAAGUCUUUCAACAAGGGCAAAUUCCCGCAGCAAGGCUGGGCGCCGAACCUCGUAGGGUGAUGGUCGGGCUGGCUGAA